GGUAUCCCAGGAACACCAGGUGAGAAAGGUAACAAAGGAGACAUGGGACCUUUGGGGCCGAAAGGAGAAAAUGGUUUUCCGGGUGCCAUGGGACCACAGGGCAAGCCUGGCGAUGUGGGUCCAAAAGGAGACAAGGGUCUAAAGGGAGAUAAAGGGUUACAAGGAGAUAAAGGAGAGGCCGGGUUGCCAGGAUAUGAUGCCAGGGGACAAAAGGGUGAACGUGGGCCACCCGGCCUUCCAGCGGGACUUGAUGCUGCAGAGUGGGAGCUUAAAAUUAUUGAACUCAAAGGUGACAGAGGUGAGCCGGGACCCUCGGGCCCUAAAGGUGACAAGGGUGACCUUGGCUCACCUGGACUCAACGGUUUUGACGGCAUGGUCGGGCCGCGAGGUGAACAGGGCCCACCGGGACCCCCAGGACCAAAGGGCCCCCCUGGUAAAGAUGGAGAUCCGGGGCCACCAGGGUCACAGGGCAAGCCCGGAAGGACCGGCCCCAUGGGGCCCCCUGGACCCUCUGGUGAGAAGGGGGACAGGGGCAGGAGGGGCCUCAGGGGCCGGCGUGGGGAGCGCGGCAAAACUGGAUAUACAGGGUUCCCAGGGCCUCAAGGCCCCCCUGGUGAGCCUGGGUCAACGGGGCCCAAGGGGUCAAAGGGCGGAUUAGGCUUACCAGGACAGCAGGGCCCCAAGGGGACCCCAGGUGUUCCAGGUAGAAACGGCAUAGAUGGCACGCCUGGCCACAAUGGCCCUCCGGGCGAGCCAGGGCGUAAAGGUGAAUCUGGCGAGUUUGGACACCCCGGGGUUCCCGGCAUGAUCGGACCCCCGGGAUUACCCGGCCCACCGGGUGAGCCAGGCAUUAUAGAAGGUGGAGGAAGUGGCGAAAUGUUCCCUGGCCCUCCAGGACCCCCCGGUCCAAUGGGCCCUAUGGGAUUACAAGGACCUCCAGGUAUUAAGGGUGACCGAGGACCUAUGGGACCAGAAGGUGAUCAGGGCCAAAAGGGCGAACAUGGCGACCCAGGUGUUAUAGGACUGCCUGGUCCAAUAGGUUUCACAGGGGCGGCGGGCCCUCCAGGACCCCCGGGGAUAGCCACAGGGGACGACGGAGCCAACUGUCAGUGCACUAAAGGCGAGAAAGGUGACCGAGGACCACCGGGUAAAAAAGGAAAAAAAGGAAAGAAAGGUUUCAAAGGCGACAAAGGAGACCCGGGCGCCCCUGGCUUGGACGCCCCCUGUCCACUGGACGCAGAUGGGCUUCCAAUACCCGGAUGUAUGAUGUUGCCGUCUGAACCCAACUCCCAGGGCUCGCCUGGUCUAGAUGCACCUUGUCCAACAGACGCCGAGGGGGUCCAGUUACCCGGAUGUGGCACUCGACCUAACGUUGACAUCGCGAAGAAGACACGACCUUGACCCACAAACUAGCCCCACAAUGAAGAAGAAGCUGCCCUGAUGUUUAAUGCAAGUUGUUUCACUGAGGAGCAGGUGAAACCAUUGCAAAACUUGAUGCUCAUUGGAUCAACAAUGUCACGUGAUGUGUUCGGGCCAAUGGCCGCCCUGCAUGAGCAGACGACUCAAGUGGACAUAUUACCGUUAAAACAUUUUUACUCUGCCAGAAUGCGGUGUAUCUAAUUAAUAUAUUUAUAAUUAAAUGUCAACUAAUUAGCUGCUGUAUUUUCAUUUUUAAUGUCCAAAUAAAAAAAAAAAUAAUUGCGCAAACUUAAAACUGAUAUUCCUACAAAUAAAAACGUCAAUCAAACUAAUUGGUCGCUGUAAAUUCACAAUAGAGUCCAAUUAACUUUGAUUGUAUAGUCAUUAAACAAAUGGAAUGUGACAAAAACCUAAACUAGAACAACUUUUGA